AUGGAUAUGGCUCCCAUUUCAGCGUCAAAUACUCAUUGCAAGAGUUUGGUCACCCUUGAUCUGUUUCCGUGCGAGCCACAUGAUCCCAUGGGUGUUUGUGGACCAACAGGCAAUAAGCAACCCGAAGAAAAAACAAACCUGGCGUGGAUGAGAUUUAUGACGGAUGAAGAAAUAAAAGAGGAGGAGCGGCACAAUGUCUCAACAAACCUAACUCUCUACACCGAUCCAUGGACCAUCAAGAAGGAAAUGACCAAAACAAGUCUUGGCUAUCUCAACCGUCUUUUCCUAAACGGAAGCACUGUGCGUAGCCACAUUCUGAGAUACCUCUCUGUGUCUGAUCAAAGGAUACUCGAAGACGGCUUUGGACUAUCACUCGAGGCGUAUGAUGACGACACUGCUUCUAUGCACAACGUGGUUCUCAAGAAAUGGCACAAGUGUGAAAGCUACGUUCUCCUCAAUGGAUGGCGUAUGGAUUUUGUCGUGAGAAGAGCUUUGAAGGAAGGCGAUGUGAUUGGAAUGUAUUGGGAUCCUUAUGGUUUCAAGCUUCAUUUUCGUGUGCUUUCUCGUGCACCAAUAAGAGCUAGCUCAGGUUACGCAGCAAUGGGUUCAACAUCAUUUGCUCCUUGUUUUGCAGGUCCAUAGGAGCUCCCUAGCUAUGGAGGCUGUGUCUGCAGAGAGAUUCGUAUUUUCUUAUUGUAAUGGUCAAACAAAGUGAUGUGGUUUUAUGUGGUUUAUGUUGAAUA